AUUGUUAUAAAGAUAAAGAAAUUAUUUGUUUGUUCCUUUUCCUUGGUACAUGAAAGUGUGACCAGUAAUCUGAUCUGGUAUGCAAAGUCUGAGAGGUGCUUGAGUCACUUUGUAUUAUUGAACUGUGGACUCUGUACAUAGCAACAAGUGCUUCUGUUUAUUUGUUAUACUGUACAUCAUGUUUCUUAUCACAGCCCCUAGCUCUGCCCACGCAUAUUGCCUUAAUUUUGAUAUAAGUCAAGGAAUGCUAACAGUACAGCAAAGAUUAUUACUUCUGAACAGCAGCGUCAUCUGAAAUACUAAUACUGGUUUAUUUCAUCAGGACAAGAUUUGGUAAAUCUAUCAAACAGAUUUAUCAUGGCCAAAGCCUUCAAAAAUGCAACAAGCAUCUAAGCUCGUAUUCAGACACAAAAAAGGCACUCUGUUUCAUAGGUGCUUGGGAGUUACAGGAGGUCACUGCACGGUCUUCAUUGAUCAGACUGCUUUACUAAAAGCCUGAAUAGUUGCUUAUGGAGGGAUUUAGGAUAUUGAGUUGAGGUCAGUAGAAGCAGAGUGGGCUGUUAGGCGCUUUGGGGCUUCUUUGGUAAAAUAAAUUUCUAGCAAAAGAAAUUAUUUUAAAGUUUGUAAAGGUCUCCUUGUAAUCAUAAUAUGCUAUAUGUUACACUGAAGGUGUUCUGAUCUGUGGAACCCCUAUGAGAUGUGCUUAUUAGAUGAGAAAUUUUAAGUGGUAGAGUUGAUUAGUCUGAAGUUUUGAGGGACGCGAUUUUAUAAUUCUGCUUCUCCCGUGCAAUAUCCCAUAUUUGUUAUCAUGUGGCUGCUUAUAUUGGCCAACUCAUUCGGUGGUGGUUUUUUGCUAUACUAAAUUCUGUGAAAUUCUUUUCAGAUCAUUUUUAGACUUCCCUUUGUUUUACUUCCUGAGGGCAGGUAAUAUAUCAGAGCCAGCUCACUGUUUAACUAAUGUCUCAUAGGUAGGAAGAGAGGGAGGAAAAAAAAAAAAAACAGGGAAGGGAGAGUGCGUCACAAUGGAGGAGGAGGGUAGCAAAGAAAAAUGAGCUUUCUUAAACAAAUUGUGUGCAGAGGGACAGGCUGCCAGGGCUCGGGCGCUUCUCAGCAGGGGCUCGGCUGUCUUCCCGGCUGGCCACAAUGCAGGAAGCAGCUGGAGUGCUGAAGGAGGGCUUCCUCGUCAAACGGGGACAUGUUGUUCGUAACUGGAAAGUGAGAUGGUUCGUUCUGCUUCAGGAUAAGCUGCUGUAUUACAAAAUUGAAGGAGGCAAGAAGGAGCCUUCUCCAAAGGGCAGGAUCCUCUUGGAUGGCUGCACUAUUACUUGUCCAUGCCUGGAGUAUGAGAACAGACCGCUACUCAUCAAACUAAAGACAAAAACGAACACAGAUUAUUUCCUUGAAUGUUGCUCCAGGGAGGAGCGAGACUCUUGGGCUUUGGACAUCACUGGAGCUAUUCAUGCUGGUCACCCAGUACAGGUACAGGAGCUUCACAAAAUGAAGAACUCUUUCAAACUACUAGAGAACAUCAGCCUCCAUCAAAUAGUGGAAAAGAUGUGUGACAGCAGUACUGGAAUUAAGCUGACCCGCAACUUGGAGCAAGGCAACAGAUACAAAGAGACCUUCACAGGUUCUGCCCUGGUGGACUGGCUCAUCUCCCAUAGCUUUGCUGUGUCACGAUUCGAGGCUGUCACCUUGGCAUCCAUGCUGAUGGAGGAGAACUUCAUCAAGCCUGUGGGAACCCGCAGCACUGAGGCUACACGCUACACAGACCUCUCUGAGCAGUUCCUUGAUGACUCCACCGCACUGUACAUGUUUGCUGAGAGCAGUAAGAAAAGUACCAGUUCCAAGGAACAGCUACAAUUUAACAUCUCUGAAUUAAGCGGCACAAUUGUGAAGCAAGGAUUCUUAGUGAAACAGGGGCACAAGAGGAAAAACUGGAAGGUGAGGAGAUUUGUUUUGAGAGCUGAUCCUGCCUUUUUGCACUACUAUGACCCCACUAAGGAAGAGAACAGGCCAGUAGGUGGAUUUUCUCUUCGUGGCUGUCUUGUCUCAGCUCUGGAGGACAACGGAGUCCCAGCAGGAGUCAAGGGCAAUGUGCAAGGCAACCUCUUCAAAAUCAUCACCAAAAAUGAUGUUCAUUAUUAUAUCCAGGCCAGCUCCAAGGCAGAGCGAGCACAGUGGAUUGAGGCAAUCAAACCACUGACAUGAGUAAGCAUUGAACCAACAGCACAACACUCACGUGCAUUCAAAUAUUUAACAGAGCUAAAGAAGUUCGCCAGAAGAUGCAGUUUUAAUUAGAUGCACGAAUGGGCAAUGCAGUUUCAGCCACAGAUACCAUUUCCUAGGGCUGGUCCAGAGAAGACUGUGAAAUCCACAGGUGUUGAAACCUUUCAAUUCACGAGAAUGCUACCUGCAAGAGACCGGGAUGCUGCCACUUUGGUAAGCUUGAUGUCCCCCGAAAUCUGCAAAGCUUUCACCAAGUUCAGAGGCUGAAUGCGGUGAGUGAAGUCACAGAGCUGCCGUCCAUCAAGCAAGACUCGUAUUUGCUGGUGUUCACAUAAGAGCUCCAUCUGCAAUGGAAAAGGACAAGGGAGGGUGUUAGAGAUCAUCAGCAGAGUCGAUUUCACCAGCAUGGACUUAGAACCCCAUGUGAUGGGGACAGUGAAGCACAAAGUCUACCGGUUCUUCUGAAAUGCCCCCGAUAAACAACCUACCCUCUGCUGAGAUGAUAUUGUAAAGCUCCUUAUAGUGAGUUCUCUCACUAAGACUGGAGAAAGGAAUGGAUCUCUCCCAUCAGGGCUUGAACUGUUGCUCUCUGUGCCAUAAUAGACUAGUUAACCUGGCAAUGUCAAUAGUUAGCUAUUUGUGGUCAUAUAUGUAGCCUUCAGCCUUUCUCCCCUCCUUUUGUCCACCCUAUUUAUAGUACCCCAAAAAUUACCUUAAAUGUGUCGCCUGCUGUAAAUGGGAAGUAGGGAAUAGUCUUCUCCUCUCUCCCCCAUUUCCCAGCAAUUCGUGCAUUUCGGGUGAUGGAUUUGUCACUAAAGUUAACUGUAAAUAACAGCCCAACAUCUUUGUUUGCAUCCACUGGAUCACAGAGCAGAGUCACUGAAAAGCUGAAAAAACAAUGAAAUGACUAGGACUUUCAGAAAUGUGAAAGGACAUGGUGAACACAGCAGAUGCCUAUAAAGACUACAGAUAGCCAUUGAUUUCUUGUCAGACUGAAACACGGGACUUCUACAGACUUAGAAGCUGCAGAAAGGGAUGAAAACAGGCUGGUCUUUGUUUCUCCUCCAGUUUCCAGUAGGAUGUUAGUGACUUCUGAUGUUGCUUUCCCUCUUGCGACUGAAAUCAUGCCAACAUUUGUGCAUGAGUGAAUUUUAAUUUUGUCCUAAAAGAGGUUAGGGCAAACUCUUUAUGAGUGGAAGCACUGGAGUUGAUCACUGUAGACGCAAGAAAGUGUAAUAAACACAGUUGUUGUCAUCCAGAUUAAACACAGCAAUGAGCCUGCAGCCCCAGCAGACAACCAAGAUGCAGGUUCAGAAUUGCACCUUUUCCUGGAGGAGAAAUGCCACUUGUGUGCCCCCUCCAGUUUGCAUUAGAUAAGGGCAAGGAGUAGAAAAUCCUGACAGGGCAGUCAGAAAGGCUGAACAGUGAAUUCUUUCUUGCCCUUUUAAUCUUAGUCUAAGAGCAGGAAAAUUAAAUAAAGCCAUAAAUUAUGAA